UUACCAAAUCCAGCAGGCUGGGUGGCGCGUCCUCACCAGGCUGCGCUGCUGCCGUGUGCACCUCCUCACGUCUCUCGCAUCUGCUCUUUUCUACCGCUGGACUGCUCCUCACAAUCACAGGUUAUGCCACCCCAAAGGCUUCCUGGCUCCCCAGCCGUGAAAGAGAAAGGCUGAUCCCUGAUUUUCCCCAGGUUCCUGCUGCUUGGCACCAAUCUUUCCCUUCUUCCCUGGUUAUUUCCCUCUCCCAACCUUACUAGCUCCUCCUGACUCCUGCAUCCACACUUGUCCCGUGCUACCCCUGCCAUACUUAGUCUCUCCUGCUUUUAUUCCAGCCACGCUAGCCAGACGCUUAGACUUUCUUGUGGUCCCCUGCCUUCUCCAGAGGUCUGCUCUGCACGCCAGGCCCCAUGGCUGCAGGAGGUAUGGCCCCUGGGAUGGAUGUGUUGGUCAACCUACAACAGGUGAAUGUGGAGGAGGAAGAUGAGGAAGGAUCCACGGAGGAGCAAGAGGAAGAAGAGGAGGAAGAGGAGAACUGGGAGAAAGCCUUGUCUGUGGAGCGCUUCAGAGACAUUAUUGGUGACUCUGCCUCUACUAGUGGAGACAGGAUGGGCAGACACUACACUGAGAAAGACUUUGAGUAUCACAGACACACUUUUCAUCAUACACACCACCCCUUGUCCACCCACCUGCCCCUGCCCCAGCGUUUACGCAAGAGGGUGCACGCCACGGACAGAAGGCGCAGAAAGAAACGGAAGAAAAAAAAGACAUAUCUGUCCCCCUCUGACGUUACACCCACCAUUCAUGAGGUAGAUGAGGAAGAGGCGGAGUCUGAGACAGACGGACCUGGGGUGGCUGCCACGCCUACAGAGCUACGCGAUAUCCAGCCACAGUUUAGUUUGGGGAGCAAAGAGGACUUGGAGAAACCCCUUCCACUCAGUACCUUUCACACGAAAAGUGAAGAACAUUUGUUAUCGAGAAAAACUGCACCCAGUCUGAUAAAGGAGGCGGUUUAUAACGGGGCAAUUGCUGUUCUUGAACAGAAUGAGAAGCUGGCUUGUGAGGAAUCCGAUUGCAGCAGUGUUCCCCCGCAAUCAAAUUCCUCAAAUUCAACUAUGGCCCACAGCUGGUUCCGCAGGAAGCCUGUCCACCAUCGCCUGGCGGGCAGCCAGCGGAGCAACUAUGACCUGCGGGAGCGCAUCUGCAUCGGCAGCAUGACUGCUCUAGAGUCCGCCAUCUACCAGCAGGUGCCAACUGAUGAAGCUGAGGCUCAGAUGUUGGCUAGUGCUGAUCUGGAUGACAUGAAAAGUCACAGAUUUGAGGACAACCCUGGGUUGAGACGCCACCUGGUGAAGAAGUCGUCCCGAUGUCAGAUGAACUGGACCAGCAACAGUUCCACACCACUCUCCAGCCUGAAGAAGAAGAGAGCUGCAGAUAAGAAAACUCAUGAGUUGUUUGUUGAGCUGAACGAGCUGAUUGUGGAGAAGGACCAUGAAAUGCACUGGAAGGAGCGGGCUCGCUGGAUCAAGUUUGAGGAGGAUGUGGAAGAGGAGACAGACCGCUGGGGCAAACCUCAUGUGGCCUCGCUCUCCUUCCGCAGCUUGCUGGAGCUUCGUCGCACCAUCACACACGGUGCCAUCCUUCUGGACCUCGAGCAGACCUCUCUGCCUAACAUUGCUCAUCUGGUGGUAGAGACAAUGAUCAUCUCUGAUCAGAUCAGAGCUGAGGACAGAGCCAAUGUUCUACGGGCUCUGCUUCUUAAGCACAGCCAUCCGAGUGAUUUCAAACACCGUUUUCACCAACACCAAUCAUCCAGCAGUCUUCAAGGCAGCUUCAGUCACAACCAUGUCCAGGACACCAAUCUGCCACCAGUGGCUGAGGAGCUGGAUGAACAUCUGGAUAACAAAGGGCCGCUAUACGACCCCAAACAAGAUGUGUUUGUCAGUUUGUUUAAAUCACUCCACCCUCUGCCCGAGAGCGCUCCAGCUACAGCCAGGUCAUUUAAACUCCUCGCCAAAAUCCCCCAAGGUGCUGAAGCUGCCGUCAUUUUAGUUGGUGGUGUUGAGUUCCUGGAGCAGCCAGCCAUGGCCUUUGUUAGGCUGAACGAGGCUGUGCUUCUGGAGUCAGUGCUGGAGGUUCCUGUCCCAGUUCGCUUUAUUUUCAUCCUACUUGGUCCCAGUCAGUCAAACAUGGACUAUCAUGAGAUUGGACGCUCCUUCUCCACUCUCAUGUCCGACAAGAACUUCCAUGAGGUGGCCUACUUUGCUGAUGACAGACAGGACCUCCUAAAUGGUAUCAAUGAGUUCUUGGACUGCAGCAUUGUCAUUCCACCCUCAGACGUAGAGGGCAAAGAUCUCCUGAAGACUGUGGCUGACUUCCAGAAGCAGAUGCUGCGGAAGAGGAAGGAAAGAGAGUUUAAAAAGAACCAUUCCUCAUCUGGAGUGAUGCAGGAAAACAAAGAGGUGACUCCAGAGGAGGAAGAGGAGGAGGAAGACCAGGAGGUGGACCCAUUAAAGCGCUCAGGGUUCCCAUUCGGAGGCCUGAUCCACGACAUCCGUCGGCGCUACCCACACUAUGUCAGUGACUUAAAGGACGCUCUGGACACGCAGUGUGUUGCUGCCGUCAUCUUCAUCUACUUUGCUGCAUUGUCGCCUACUAUAACCUUUGGAGGCCUGCUGGGAGAGAAAACAGAGGGCAUGAUGGGAGUGACUGAGCUUAUAGUUUCGACUGCAACCCUUGGAGUCCUAUUCUCACUGUUUGCUGGUCAGCCCCUUCUUAUAAUUGGCUUCUCAGGACCCUUACUGGUGUUUGAAGAAGCCUUCUACAAGUUCUGUCAGGCCCACAAUUUUGAGUACCUGACUGGUCGCGUGUGGAUCGGUUUCUGGCUCAUCUUCAUUGUCGUGCUGAUUGUGGCAGCAGAGGGCAGCUUUCUUGUUCGCUACAUCUCACCAUUUACCCAGGAGAUUUUUGCUUUCCUCAUCUCGCUCAUAUUCAUCUAUGAGACCUUCUCCAAACUCAUCAGGGUGUUCAAAGAACAUCCACUGUUGGCAGUAUACCCCAGUGACUCCACUUCAGCUUCUUGGCUUCAAAAUGUUGAUGACCCAAUCAUAAACCAGCCCAACACUGCUCUUCUGUCUCUGGUCCUGAUGAUGGGCACGUUCUUUGUUGCAUUCUUUCUCAGGAAGUUCCGAAACAGUCGAUUUCUAGGUGGCAAGGUCAGAAGAAUCAUUGGUGACUUUGGCAUCCCUAUCUCAAUUUUGGUUUCAGUACUGGUGGAUUACUCUAUUACUGACACAUACACACAGAAACUCAAUGUGCCGUCGGGCUUUUCAGUCACAUCCCCUGACAAGAGAGGUUGGUUCAUCAGUCCCUUUGGUGACAAGCAGCCCUUUCCCCCCUGGAUGAUGGGAGCAUCUAUUGUACCUGCCCUUCUUGUUUUCAUCCUCAUUUUCAUGGAAACUCAGAUCACUUCACUUAUAGUCAGUAAGAAGGAGCGUCACCUGGUUAAAGGAUCAGGCUUCCACCUGGAUCUCCUGCUCAUUGUGAUCCUGGGUGCCAUCUGCCCCCUCUUUGGCCUGCCGUGGCUCACCGCUGCCACUGUCCGCUCCGUCACUCAUGUCAAUGCACUCACAGUCAUGAGCAAGGCCACGGCACCUGGCGAAAAGCCCAUGAUCCAGGAGGUGAAAGAGCAGAGGCUGACUGGGCUUCUUGUGGCUGUGCUUGUUGGGAUGUCCAUAGUGAUGACAGAUGUCCUCCGCCUCAUCCCUCUGGCUGUGCUCUUUGGUAUCUUCUUGUACAUGGGGGUCACCUCUCUGACAGGCAUCCAGCUGUACGAACGCAUCACACUUAUGGUCACGCCUGCCAAACAUCACCCUGACCACAUCUACAUCAGCAAGGUGAAGACAUGGCGAAUGAACAUGUUCACCAUCAUCCAGCUGGCAUGCAUUAUUGCUCUGUGGGUAGUGAAGUCUACUGUGGCAUCCUUGGCCUUCCCCUUUGUCCUCAUCAUGACGGUGCCACUGCGCCGCAUCGUCCUCUCCAGGAUUUUUGAGGAGCAUGAGCUGCAGGCGCUGGACAGUGAUGAAGAUUCUCCCAACUUUGAUGAAGAUGGGCGAGAUGAGUACAAUGAGGUUCACAUGCUUGUAUAAAUUAAAGUAGACCCAGCCAAUAGGAUCUCCUGCAUCCUCCACCUCUAAUUAGAACGAGCCUCUUUGGGAACAUCAUUGUCUCUGGCUACUAAAAUUAUGUUUGUAAAAUGCACAAAAGUUAUAACUGGGUAACUGCUUCUUUUUAAGAGCACACAUAAUGUUAGAUGUGUUGUGUCAGAGGCCAGUGAAUAGCUCUGAGCAUCAUACCUGAAAUGGACGAAGAACUUUUCUCCCUAUCGAGCCCUUUAAUUACAGGUUGUGGGCAUAAGUGCAAUGAUGAUGGUGACCUCUAUGGCUACAGCAGGCUGCCUGCUUUAGGCUAACUUUGGCACUGAAAUGGGAAAUAGGGUCAAGUUCCUUUCAUUUAAUUCCCCUAUAAAGUGGACCUUCAUCAAAAAUCAUUAUUGUGCAGGUGAACUGACCCUAAAUCCUGAAAACCCUGAAUGAAUUCCACUGCCUGCUUAGUUUAGCUGCCUUUCCUUUUAUUCCACUGCCACUGCAAUGAUGUGCAACCAAGAACUUAAGUAGUCCUUUUCCUUUGUGUACAGAUGUUUAGUAAUGAGCACUCUGACUGAAUGAACGUUUACUUUUGUUGCUGCCAACUGAUCUCCCUGGCACAAAGCCUCCUCUCUAAAUGUAGUCUCCCCCAGGAACCAAAAUCUCUACAGAGACUGUGCAAGCCUCUUUAGGGGGUGUUGUUGUACUUUGUUAGGUGUUUAAUGCCCAACAUACCAGUCCAUACCAGUCCAGUUAAUAUGGUGUCCGCCCUAUUUUUCUACUUUCUUGCAUAUAUUGAUUUUGUGUCCUUCGCACUUAAUGCCACGCCAGAUUCUCAGUGAUGUUUAGACUCCAAAUAGCUUAAACUGCUCUGCGUUAGUAUAAAAUAAAAUUAAAAAUUAAAAAGUACUGUGUGGGCUGACACUCAAAGCAGAAACUAUGUAACCACUCAGCCAGUCUUUCAUCUCCUCUGCAAGAUUUUCAUAGCGUGGUGCAUUUUUCACAGUUGUCAUGAAAAAUAUAACACACCUGACUGGAAAAGCAUAGAAAACUAAGCAAACAUGCACGUGGGAACAGUUGAGUAUUAGCAGAAUGUAUGAAUGAUGAAUUGUACGAGUAUAGUCACAGUGUGAGCUUGUAAUUAUAAUGUACCGUCUGUGUUCAGGGCUGUUUGAAUUCAUUUUCAUCUCCUAUAUUACAGAACUUUAAUUACCAUUCAGCCAUGGCACUUUUCAGAAACCCUACUUCUCCCACACAGAAACACAUUUUGCAAGUGCAAGUAAAUAACACAAAAGUUCCUAAGGCAAUGAUGUGUUUGCCACUCCUGUUAUCUGAAAACACUCAAAUACUUACUUGGAUGGGCAUUUCAUUGUCCACUGUUCUGCCAACACUAUCUCUGCAGUGCACACAGUAUAAUAUUCAGGGACAGUAGAGAUGACAUGAUAGGUUUAAAUGUUAUAAUCUGAAAAAUACUACCGUAGAUGCAAAGGAUUAACCAAUUCAAAAUGGAAGAAGGCUUCUUGCCACGGUUCCCAAAAUUCAGUAUUUAGUCAAUCAUUUUCAGAACAAGUUGUGUUCAGAACACCUCAGUCUUCUAACACCUAAUUUUUAUUCAUGUCCAUUUCUGCAUUGUAUCUGCAGUUACAGAGAAAUGUAAGUAGGAAUCAGUAAAGUGUGGCUGCUGUAGAGGUUCCUGUAAAUAGUUAUCAAAUCAACCUAAAUAGAAACAAACUCACCAUGUUUUGUUGUAUUCACCUGAUGGCUUUGUUGCUGCAGAUGUACAGUCUAUUUAGAAGUAAAGCACAGUUUAUAAUGUUCUAAGUGUACAUUAAAAAUCCAUACUUGAAAGAGUCAGCAAUGCUUUAGCUUAUGAAUAAUAACCACAACAGUUACUAUAUCUCAUUUCACAUACAUUGAGCCAUACAAGAAUCGUCUCAGGGGAAACCAACCUUUGAUCUGUAAAUAUUGCUUCCCAGCCUUUAGUUUGGUGUCUUUUUUGUGUACUUAAAGCAGUCAAGGCAGUCCAACACUUGCAGUGUAAAAGUAUACAUGGCAUAUAGUCCAGGCUUAUGUGUUAUACAAUGGAGAAAAGAAUAAUGUGUUUAUCCAGUGAAGUGACGUGGAAUUUUAACUGUAAAUAAAUCUUUUUUUCACUCCUGUUGCUCUCUGUAUGUGAAGCAUACACCUGCUGGAGACUGUAUUAAACUCUGCAGUUCCCCAAGAUAAGUUCCUGAAUGUGCUUUCCUGUACAUUAGCGCUCUAUAACAGUUUCAUGUGAAAUUGGCUGUGCUGUGCAGCAUGGGUGCAAAGACACUAAUGUGUAUUCUUUAUUAGAUGUGGCCCUGCUGUGUUCAUGACCCUAAUGAAUGUAAAUAUUUGGCUUGUUGUUAGAUCUAGCAAAGCUAAUUCUAGUUUAUGGAAGUUCAUUAAUGACCAAAAACAUAUGCAAGUGAUUGCUUAGGGUUAAAUAUGCAUUGAGCAAACAAAAAGCAAGUGGGGUCAAAGUGAGAAUAUUAAAAUACUGAGGUUUAGAAACAUGGGAAAAAUCGUAUUAAAUGUUCUGUUAACAUGUAUAUUCUGCUCAGUGGCUACACAUUCCCACACUGUGUUUUGGCAGUUUUUUUCAUGUAAACACCACCUCAAAGCAGAGCAGUCCCUUGUAUCGAUUGAAAUGUGAUUAGGUUAUAAUGUUUUAAUUGUGACCCUAAUAGCCUGUGAGCCAAAAAAUCGUUGGCAAACAGUUUUACAUUCUCAAGAUAUCCAGUCCUGUUAACUUAGCUUAAGAAAAGCAAGCACAGAUUUUAGAUAAAGUUUUACUGAAUAUGUUUAAGCUUAUGAAUCUGUCCAAGAGAAUACCCAUGGUUUGAGUCCGGCCGCCGACCUAUGUUGCAGGUCCUCUCUCCGCAACCUACUAAAGCAGUUCAGGCUUAUACUCAGUUAAUCAAAUGUACAACACAAAGAAACACAUGCAAGUGCAAUGAGAAACAAAAAAGAGACACUAAUGUUGUUUGCUUAGCAUCUGAUGUAGCCUUUGACAGUUAAUUGGUUGGCCAUGGUGUUGGCAGGCAUUUGCCAUUGAAGUCCACUGCAGCUAUGUACUUCCUGUGUUGGCUGACCUGCGGUGGUCAAGGAGCCAUAAGGGUCUGGCCUUUGUUGUCAGAGAACACACAUCUGUUAGACUGCUGAACACACCCACGUGCUCUUGUUAUGUCUUGAAUCGAUAUGUCUGUAGGCCAUAGGUAAGAAAAAACCUGUGAGGGUAUAGCUGACGAAACCUCCUUUCAGUAUUUGCACAAGAGAAAAAAUAAAACUGUAGGCAUUAUUGAAGUUAAUAAAAGGUGCUUUGCUGCCACUCGGUCCUGUCUGGGUGUUAGAUGUUGAAUCUCGUGAGAGAAAAGAGUUAUUUUGACCCUUAGAAAGAUCUGUCCCAUGCUGUCACCUUAUACCACCAUAGGAGCAGGAUAGACCACCCACUCAAUUGAGUAAAGACAUCUGGCUGAAGAUUCCAGCAUAUGGAAUGGUUUAUUUCUGUACGGUCAACUAUUAUACAUUAGAUUUACGUGAAACUAGACCAUCUAUAGUUUGGUCAUACUGAUGUUCUCUCAAAAGUAACAGAACUACAGUGACUAGUAUGUUUUAAAUACUCUAUGAAUUUCAUUAAUCUUUUUUUUUUUGCAUGGCAUACAAAAGGAUAGGUUCCUUACAAAGACUAGUUUCCUGAUUUUGGCUUCACUGACACAUAUUGUUUUUAAUCUCCCUUGCUGUCAAUAAAAUACUAUCCACACAUGUUUUUGUGAUUCACUAGCUGGGGCCCACCCUUCAUUGUAUGAAGGAGCAUGGUGCUUGGUGUAACUUACAUGAACUGUGGUUUGGGGUAGAACGACUUCGGGGAUCUGGCAGACCCCCAAAACCUUUAUGAAAUGAGGGCUGAUUGGACAUGUUCGAUGUCCUUUGGGUUGGAUUUGAGGUACAGUUGAAACGCUUGAGAAGUCCAACGGCCCAUGGCUUUGAUAUGAUGUUCGAGGAUGCUUUUACGCUGGGUUGUUGAAGCUGCUCCUAUUCUGAAUGAGUGUCCCGAAUAAAGGUCAGGAGAGAUAACAGAGAAGGAAAGGGUGAUUUUGAAGUGGCGAAGAAACCAGAAUCUUGUAGCAGCGUGUCUGGAGUUAGAGACGAAGAGGGGGUUGGUCAGAGAAGCGUUGAAGUGGGUACAAAGUUGUAGAUGGUGGGUGAGAGGCUCGUAAGAGCUUAAGGCAGAUUGAGCAAAUAUGUUGAGAUGAACAAGUGGGGUUGUAGUGGAUAGAUUAAGACAGAAAUUCGGUACAUUUUAGGAGCUCGAGCAAAAGCGAGAAAAAACAUGGCUUGCUUCCACGGAUAAUGGGUUCUGAUGGAAGUAAUACAUCUUGAUAGUAGGUCUGGAAUAAUGGGGAAUCGUGCCAGCAUAGUUGAGGCAGCCACCUGGUGACCUGUGGAACAUGUCGGUCCAGGGGUGGCACGGAAGGCCAGACUGAGAUGACGGUGCUGGUCCUGGAAAUACUGAAGAGAAGUGGCUCCUAAGAUAAUGAAGAAAAUAACUUCAUCCAAGGGCAAAAGGGACAGACAAUCCAUGGUGAGUACACAUGGCUUGCUUCCACGGAUAAUGGGCUCUGAUGGAAGUAAUGCAUCUUGAUAGUAGGUCUGGAAUAAUGGGGAGUCUUCUGGGAGUUUGUGCCAGCACCAUCUGCUGCGGUCCUUUGACAAAGAGCUUUAAUUGAUUACUGGUUGCAGAAGAUAGAGAAUGGCCAAAGACAAGUUUGUAAAUAAAAAAAUUUGAUACCAUCCAUAACUUCAUCCAAAGGCAAAAGGGACAGACAAUCCAUGGUGAGUACACCAAGCAUAUGUUCUUCCUUAUGAAAAGCAAAGUGGGUGUAAGGUUUGUUUGGUGGUCUAAAUAUUAUAGGAGGAGGAAGGGGUGUGCACUUUGGGUGUGCCCUGCUCCUGAACUUUAGAUUAAAAUCUCCAAUAUAAAGAGCACGUCUUCCCUUUGUUUCGCCUCUGGUACUACCUCCCAGGGUGGACCACAGGCAGAAUGACAAUGGCCUGCCAUUCCGGAUUUGUGCCUUACACACAGAAAGCGAGAUGGAAUAAAAGUGUACAAAUCCCACCUCAAAAAUCAGUAUGUAAGGGGCUGCUGUAUGCAGU